UCGUCCGCCAGCGUCCUUCCUGUUGCGUUUGCGUCAUCUCGUCUUUCCUGCGUGAUGGCGACUCACCCGUUGGCCGUUCUGCUGUGCUGCGCCGCGGCUCUUCCGGGCCUCCUGGCGCCACCGCCUUUGCCGGAGUUGACGUGCAGCGAGGACGGCGCCGAGGCGGCGGCGGACCUCGCCGUCCGACACGUCGACGAGCAUCACAAGCACGGAUUCAGGUUCCGCCUGCGCGAGAUCCAGAGCAGCAAAUACCAGCAGUUCCCAGGGGGUUGCCACAUCGACGUGAACGUCAAGCUGACGCAGACCAAAUGUCACUUCACCGACCCCGAACCGCUGGAGCGAUGCCAGCCGUGGCGACGGAACGAGCGGGGCGCCGUGGCCACCUGCAGCGUCGAGUUUUGGGUCAUGUGGGGCGCGGCCAAGAUCACCAGACACGAAUGCGCCACCAGACCAGAACACACCAACGACGAGCUGCUGACCAUUUGUCCUUCCUGCCCCAAGUUGUUGGCUCUCGACGACCCGACGGGCGUGAGCGCGGUCGACGCGGCCGUGAGCAAGUUCAACCGAGACGGCCGACACCAGAACUACUUCACCCUGCUGGAAGUGGCCCAGCUGACCGAAGGGUACGUCCCGGCCGUCGGCACCGUCACCUGGCUCAAGUUCGCCCUGGUGGAGACCACGUGCCCCAGAGGCGCCACGGCCACUUUUGCGGCCUGCACGCCUCGCUGCCCGGACCGAGCUAAUCACGUCUUUUGCCAAACGUCCUAUUACAACGUCCACAGACAAGUGGGAGAACUUUCCUGCCAAGUGUAUCCGCCCAAAAAUUCCGCCGCCCUCCCGGCCGGCGAGCCGGAGCCCGUGUGCCGCCCGCUGUUCCACAAAAGUGCGGAAGCUUGCGUUUGCAAGGCGCGGCUGAAGGAGCCCGACGCGGCCGUGCACCACAUUUGUCCCUUCCCGCUCAAGUGAGGUCGCAGUCUUUGGCUGCUCCCUCAAUAAUUCAUACAAAUAAACAUAUUGCAAGUUCUUCA